UCAGCCUGCCUCUCCGGUUCUCCGAUUCUCCGGGUAUGGGCACUGGUACUGGUACUGGUCCGUACCGCUCGUGUGUGCUCCAUAUGUGUGUGCUAGCGCCCAUUAUCUAAACGGUUUUUGGGGUUUGGUGAAUGAUGAAUGCCAGCGGCUAGACGGAGCGCACACAAAAAUUCCAAGCGCCCAGCGAACGGAUACGGAUCAAGCUCCCCGAGUUAGCCAUCUAGUCGUCCAUCUAGUCCACAUCGAGCAGAGUCCGCGUAGCCGCACAUUGGUACAGCCAGCUAGAUGGCAACCUCAGCGAUCGGCGGGGCGGGCGUGGGCGUGGCUGCCUCCGGUCCAGUGCGACGACCCACCGCCAGAGCCACCGCCGGAAUCCAGAGACGCAGGGUGGUCAAGAAGCACAUCCAGCAGAAGUACAUGCUCUGCGGCUUCGCCAUACACGCUUUCCUGGCCACUCCCGCCUAUCUGUACGGGAACGUGGUGGAGUCCGACAAGGAUCUGGUGUUGAGGAUCUGGCCGGCGAUCGUUUACCAGGCCACCGGCGAGCUCUGCCGCUCGAUCAUGGAGCACUUGGACACAGAGUACAGUGGCAGAUCGAGGGAGACGACCCAGUACCGACGGGUCUUCCUCCUGGCCACGCUCAUCGCCUGCGUAUCGCUGAUGGUCAGCGGGAUCCUGUUCUCCUCCGCCUGGAUCGUGGUCACCACCACCACACAGGUGGUGGCUAUUGUCUUCUACGGAUUCUUUGCAGGUAUCGGUUCCAGCUUGUACCUGUGGAAGACGCACGUCAUCCUGGAGGCAGUGCGUCCGCGGGAGGACAAGUACGUCCGCAAGACGAUCCACCUGUGCGGCGAGGCCUUCUGCCAGCUGUUCCUCUCGUUCGUGUUCACCAGCCUGCGCACCCUGUACGGCACCGCCCAGUCCAUCGUGCUGAUGUCCGCCCUGCUGGUGAACCUCAUUCCGCUGAGCCUGAUCAUUACCAAGCAUCGCGAGGAUGCCUUCACCACGAAGCGGAUAUCGGUGAUCAAGGCGGAGACGGGAUUUGCUGCACUGCCGCUGCGAGCCGCACUGGCGGCCAACUUGGUGGCUGACCAGCUGGACGGAUUGGACACGCUCUCCUGGCGGAAUCCGGCCACCACCGAAAUGGCCACGCCCAGUGGUGCCGUCGCCGCCGCUGUGGUGGUGGACACGCACAGCAACUACAUGCUGGCCACCGAUGAGGCGUACGUGACGUAUGUGAAUCCCAAUGGGGUCGAGAUCAUGGAGAUCAUACCCGAGGAGGACGAGACGGUGUCCAUGAUGCGGUCGAGUAAUGCGACCAUCGACAAUUACGCCAUGUCCGCCUCGCAGAUGUCGCACAAGUCCCUGUCCAAUGGACGUCUCUAUCCACUGACGCCCCAGCAUCCUGUGGGCACGGGAACGGGAACUGGAACUGGUACAGGUAGCUCCUCACCCCUACCUCCCGACUAUGCCAACCUGCGUCGCAUCCGGCGGAUGUCGCGUGCGGUGACCACGCACCUGUGGUGGAAUCUGCUGGACAAGAUCGCCAUGCCGCUGCAGCAGGCGCUGCUGGUGCCGCAGCUGUAUGCCACCACGCUGCUCCUCUCGGCGGACAUCUUCAGCUACGUGAUGUGCCUGACGGUGCUGCCCGGACUGGCGGUCAGCCACCAUGCGCUGAAGAACGCCGAGAUCCCGUUCCUCUUCUCGCUGCUGGCCUUCCCAUGGAUGUGCUUCUCGCUGAUGACUCCCCGCUUCGGCACGAGCCUCUAUAAGCGGAAGCUCCAGUGGCACACGCUGGGCAGCACCUGCAAGUGCCUCGCGCUGAUUUUCAUCAGCUUCUCCAACUCCAAGCUGCUGCUCAGUGUGUCCGCCGUGCUGCUGGGAUUCGGCCAGGUGGUGACCGCCUUUCUGCAGGAGCUGGUCUUCCAGAUGGGCAUGACGCGGGCCAACUGGACGGCCAUCCGCCGUCCGGUGCACUUCACCAACGGCCUGCUGGUUCUUCUCUGGGGCGCGCUGGCCCACUGGGUGGUGGAGCGGUACUCCUUCCAGGCCACCGUGGGACUGGCUGGCGCGCUCUACGGAGCUACCACGCUGCUUUGGAACUUUCUCUUCUUCUGCUGCCAGAGAAAGGAUUGAGGGACUGAAGAAUUCGCGCACUUUCACACAACAAGGCAUCGUGUGUGUGUGUGUGUGUCCUGCUGCUGUGGCUGACGUUGUUGUUGUAUUUGUG